GAUGAUUAUGAUACAUGUUUAUUUAGUAAAUAAUACCUGCUCCAGUAUUUGUUUACUUACGUCUUAGAGGCUUCUUUUCUGAUCGGCUUGGACUUUAUAGGGACUGCGAUGCAAAUCCACAGUUUCUUCCACUGCAACUCAUUCCUUCAUUUCACAUUCCCUUUCUCUCUCUGCUCUCAAGUCUAAAAACUCAAACUUUUCAAUUAGUCUUCGUCCUUGCCCCCAAAACUUCGCCGUUGUUUUUGACUCUCAUGGUGAUGAAUGGAUGCUAAUUUUAAGAAGCAAGGUCUUCAAGGCGGCGAUGUGAGCUUGGCUGAGAAGAAAAGGGAAGUUAUGGUGGCGAUUCCAAAUGAGGGUGGUGGUGAAUCUUUGAUGCCAAAGCAGCAGAGCAGGGGGAAUUCGCCCCACAGAAUGUUAAACGACGAGUUUUCUGUAAAGUCGCCACCUUUGAACUGUGCUUCCCCUGAGAUAAGGUUCAUGCCAAGCCCAAACAAGCCCCCAAAGAUUCCCGUUUCCAGCGCCAAUCUCACCCGGAGAAAAUCACUCACAAGGUCAGUGUAUUCCAAACCCAAAUCAAGGUUUGGUGAACAGCCUUACCCUGUUGAUGGGACUCUUUUAGAAGAGAAUGGUACCUCAACUUUGCAAGAAAAUUUGGGUGUUGGUUCACCAUAUAAAGCAUCGCCUAUUAACAAUAAACCUGGAACUAUUAGUCGAACAGUCUCCAUCCUUUCUGUGAUCACUCCUAAGACGCCGUUGAUGGCGUCUCCCGGGCCGGCUGGUGGGGAGGAUUUCGAUGAACUCAUUUACAGAAAAGUUGAAUUGAGUAAAAGCAAACGUAGUAGAAGAGUGACAGUUAAGGUUUUGUCUGAAUGGUUUGUGUUCGUGUGCAUUACAAGUACCUUGGUGGCUAGUUUAACAGUUGGAAAACUUAAAAGAACGGAGAUUUGGGGUUUGGGGAUUUGGAGAUGGUGUGUGCUUGUGAUGGUGACCUUUUGCGGAAUGUUGGUCACCAGAUGGUUCAUGCGCAUUAUUGUUUUCUUGAUUGAGACGAACUUUUUGUUGAGGAAAAAGGUGCUGUAUUUUGUCCAUGGACUGAAGAAGUGUGUCCAGUUCUUCAUUUGGCUUGGUUUGGUUCUUCUCACAUGGGUGCUGUUGAUUAACCGGGGGGUGGACCGAUCUGAAUUGGCCACAAAGAUUUUGAAUGGGGUAACAUGGACUCUUGCUUCCCUCCUCAUUGGUGCAUUCCUGUGGUUCAUGAAGACAUUGUUGCUCAAGAUUUUGGCGUCAAAUUUUCAUGUUAAAUCUUUCUUUGAUCGAAUUCAAGAAACGCUUUUCCACCAGUACAUUCUGCAGACUCUCUCUGGGCCUCCACUUGUAGAAGAGGCUGAGAAGAUUGGGAAAUCAAUCAGUGUUGGUCACUUUAGUUUCAGGAGUACAGAUGGUAAGGGUGGAAUGAAGAAAGAAACCAUUGAUAUUGCGAAGCUUCACCAUAUGAAACAAGAGAAGGUUUCUGCAUGGACUAUGAAGGUCUUGGUAGAUGCAAUGACAAAUUCAAGGCUGUCCACAAUCUCUAGUGCACUAGAUGAAAGUUUUGAUGAUGGAGAAAAUGAACAGACUGAUAAAGAGAUUACUAAUGAGAUGGAAGCAACUGCUGCAGCCUAUCACAUUUUCAGGAAUGUUGCUCCCCCCGGUUGCACGUACAUUGACGAGGAAGAACUAAGAAGGUUCAUGAUUAAGGAAGAAGUGAGGAUGGUAUAUCCCCUACUGGCUGAAGCAGAAACAGGGCAGAUUACCAGGAAGUCCUUAACAGACUGGUUGUUGAAGGUAUAUCAGGAACGCAAAGCAUUGGCACAUGCCUUAAGCGACACCAAAACUGCUGUGAGACAACUAAACAAGCUCGUGACAGUAAUCCUAGUAGUUGUGACCGUAAUUGUGUGGCUUCUACUAAUGGAGAUUGCAACAACGAAAGUACUUGUGUUUCUAUCUUCCCAGCUAGUACUUGCAGCUUUCAUGUUUGGAAACACUUGUAAGAACAUAUUUGAAGCUAUCAUCUUCGUGUUUGUGAUGCAUCCGUUUGAUGUUGGUGAUCGAUGUGUUGUUGAUGGGGUUGAGCUAUUGGUUGAAGAAAUGAACAUAUUGACAACAGUCUUCUUGAAGCUUAACAAUGAAAAAGUGUACUAUCCAAAUUCUGUCUUGGCUAUGAAACCGAUUAGCAACUAUUACAGAAGCCCAGAUAUGGGUGACCGUGUAGAGUUCUCCAUUGAUUUUACAACACCAGCUGAGAAAAUUGGGGCACUGAGAGAAAGAGUAAAGAGGUACCUGGAGAGAAACCCACAGUACUGGCACCCUAAUCAUGGGUUAGUAGUGAAGGAGAUCGAAGACGUAAACAAAAUUAAGAUGGGUAUAUACGUUACCCACACAAUGAACUUUCAAGAGUUUGGGGAGAAAAACAAGAGAAGAACUGAAUUGGUGAUGGAAAUAAAGAAGAUUUUUGAAGAACUCAACAUCAGAUACAACCUUCUUCCACAAGCCAUUCAUCUCAGACAUAUGGAGCCAGACCCUAGGGUUACAUGAAUCAACUGCAUACACGUCUGCCUUUUUAUGUUUCAUUUCAUCCGUCAAAUACCAUUCCUUGAUUUAAUUGGUGAUAAUUGAGAGUGGUGCUUUAGUAUACAUACUGGGCUUAGUAUUAGCAAUUUGUUUCCCACAUAUUAAGAUUAAGAAAUUAUGAAUUCAAGAAUCUUGUACGAACCUUCAAGUGGAUCCAAUGUAAAAAUUUCUCCCCACAUUUGAGCUCUAUCCAACCCUGUUUCUGAU